AUGGUCCUGGACAAAACAGAGGCGCUGUUCGCCACCGUGUACUGCAUCGUCACCCUCGCCAUCGGCGUGUGGGCGGGACGCAAGCUGCACAUCGAAGCGCACCGGAUGAUCUCGCUUCCCGUCCAGGCGGACAGCGCACAUCCGACGAACGAGGGCGAGUACUUCCUGCUGCGAUACUUCAUCUACAACCGGCUGAUGCCUCUGCUGCUGGGAGUAUCUUCACUGACCGCGACCUGGGUUGGCGGUGGCUUCCUGAUCGGCGCUGCGGAAGCCGUCUACAAGUACGGUAUUAUCCGGUGUCAAGCUCCUUUCGGCUACGCUCUAAGCCUUGUUCUCGGUGGCAGCCUGUUCGCAUCCAAGAUUCGCUCCACGAACGCGCUGACUAUGAUGGACCCGUUCCAGCGCCGAUACGGCCACCUCGUUUGCGUCAUGCUCAUGCUGCCGGCCAUUUGCGCCGAGGUGGCCUGGUCGGCAGCCGUCCUGGCAGCACUUGGCUCAUCGGUGCGUGUUAUUGCGGAGGUAAACGUGCCAGUGUCUAUCAUCUUUUCGGCGAUUCUCACUUUCGUGUACACCGCCCUGGGUGGAAUCUACGCAGUCGCCUCUACGGACGUCCUGCACAUUGGCGUCAUGGUGGUUGGGCUGUGGUUGUGCGUUCCAUUCUGCGUGGCAAACAAGGCCGCCAACACGAUUCCUUGGCCCGAGGGCAACUGGAUAGGCACAAUGAGCAUGGACUAUGCAAACUUCAUCAUCGAUGAAUUUGCCACCACUGCGCUGGGAGGCAUACCCUGGCAGGUGUUCUUCAAAUUCAUGCUGGCCUGCCGGAGCAAUUUCGAGGCGCAAAUGGUUUGCUUCUUGUCCGCGCUCGGCUGCCUCUUCUUAGCCUGCCCCUCCAUGAUCGUCAGUGCAGUGGCCAAGACUACAAACUUCACGGCUUUCGGCUACGUCGGGGGACACAUGUUGCGGGACACCGACAUGCACGACGUCCUGCCGUACAGCUUGCACUACCUGGUGCCUGCCUACGCGGCGGUCGUGGGCCUAGGUGCCAUCGCGUCCGCUGUCAUGUCGUCGACCGGUGCGUCGGCGCUUAGCGUAGCCUCGCUCUUCACCAGGAACGUCUACUUCAACGUCAUGAGGCCCAACGCGAGUUCGGAGGAGAUGGCUGCGGUUGUUCGCAUGAGCGUGUGCCUUUUCGGUGCCACUACUACGGCCAUGGCGCUAGACGUGCGCUCCAUCUACACUGUGUGGAACCUGAGCACCGACAUCGUCUACGUGCUGCUCUUCCCGCAACUCAUCUGCCUCUUCUACCUAGCGGAAUUCACAAACACCUACGGUGUACUUGCCGGUACGCCCGUUUUCUUGGCCUGCAUAGCAUGA